UCUUUGCCCCACCUCUGUCCUCUGAUUGGCUGUUUCCUGAUACACUAUAGGACCCCCCCUCCUGCGGGCCCUUCAUUAUGGACCCAAACUUCGCUGAAUCCAGGACAGCAGCUUCAGACUGACCCUGCAGCUCCAACAUGGCCAAGUGUUCGGGAUGUGGACCAGGAUACCGCACCCCGCUGGACGCCAUGAAGGGUCCACGAGAGGAGAUCGUCUAUCUGCCCUGCAUCUACCGCACCACCGACAUCCAGAAACCCGACUAUCUGGCCACAGUCGACGUCAACCCUAAGUCCUCCACCUACUGUCAGGUGAUCCACCGGCUGCCGAUGCCCAACCUGAACGACGAACUGCAUCACUCCGGCUGGAACGCCUGCAGCAGCUGCUUUGGCGAUCCCUCCAAGACCCGAAACCGCCUGAUCCUGCCGUCUCUGAUAUCCUCCAGGAUUUACGUGAUCGACAUCGGAACCGAUCCCAGAGCCCCAAAGAUCCAUAAGAUGGUGGAGCCCGUUGAUCUGUACUGGAAGUGCGGCCUGGCCAACCCCCACACCAGUCACUGCCUGGGCAGCGGUCAGAUCAUGAUCAGCUGCAUGGGAGAGCCAGCAGGGGGCGGUAAAGGUGGGUUCAUUCUGCUGGACGGUGAGACGUUUGAGGUGAUCGGUAACUGGGAGCAUCCAGGCGAGGCGGCCCCAUUCGGCUAUGACUUCUGGUACCAGCCACGCCACAAUGUGAUGAUCAGCACCGAGUGGGGAGCGCCUAAAGCUCUGGUCAACGGCUUCAACCCCGCUCAUGUAAAGGAAGGUCACUACGGCUCGGCCCUCCAUGUCUGGGACUGGACCACCCACAGGAAGCUGCAGACUCUGGAACUGGGAGAGGAUGGUGGCAUUCCUCUGGAGGUCCGAUUCCUCCAUGAUCCAAACGCCACUGAGGGCUACGUGGGAUGCGCCCUCCGGGGAUGCGUCUUCAGGUUCUUCAGGACCCCGAAAGGAGACUGGGCGGCAGAGAAGGUGAUCAGCGUUCCCAGCAAGAAGGUGGAGGGAUGGAUGAUGCCUGAGAUGCCAAGCCUCAUCACCGACAUCCUGCUCUCUCUGGACGACCGCUUCCUCUACUUCAGUAAUUGGCUGCACGGUGACAUAAGACAGUAUGACAUCACAGACCGCAGGAAUCCGCGAUUGGUUGGCCAGGUGUUCCUGGGAGGAAGCAUCAUCAGAGACAGACCGGUCAAAGUUCUGGAGGACCAAGAAAAACAGGAGCAGCCCCCCCCACGCUUCAUCAAGGGAAAGCGUAUCCCUGGAGGUCCUCAGAUGCUGCAGCUCAGUCUGGAUGGACGGAGACUUUAUGUGACGACGUCCCUGUUCAGCGGCUGGGACAAACAUUUUUACCCCGACAUGCUGAGCGAGGGCUCUGUGAUGAUGCAGAUCGAUGUGGACACUGAUAAAGGCAGUCUGUCUGUGAACGAGAACUUCCUGGUGGACUUUGGGAAGGAGCCCGACGGUCCGGCGCUGGCCCAUGAGCUCCGGUACCCGGGAGGAGACUGCACCUCCGACAUCUGGAUCUGAAGCUCCGACUGGAUCUGCUCUGUUUCUGACCAAAAUAAAAGCUUUUGUCUCUCAGAA